UAUGAAUUCGGCCAAGAAAUAUCUGAUCAUGAUAAUUCAUUGACUCCAAUAACAUUGGAAGCUACAAGUAGAUUUGGAACAUCGCACAUAUUUUAGCUGUGCCAUAUGUAUCUCUGUUUACCUUCAGAAAAUUAGUUAUGAAAACAUUUCUUCUUCUUCUAUUCUUUCCUGUUGCCUUGGCCUUAAAACCAGAAGGCAUUAAUGGAGACGAGCGCGUAAUUGGCGCCAUAUCGGAUUGUAACACUCGAGUUGGCAAAGAAGAAAGAGUAGCCAUGGAUAUGGCCAUUCAAGAUUUCAACAAGAUGCACAGUCAAACAUUUCUUAUGCUGAGAUUGAAGUGUUCUGAACAUAAACCUAUAAAGUCAGCUCUUGCAGCAAGACAUCUGAUCAGUAAGAACAAGGUGGAAGUGAUUCUUGGACCAAGAUCAUGGGAGGAAACAUCCACUGUUGCAGAGGUUAGUGAAAACUAUGAUGUUCCAAUUCUUUCAUUUGCGGAUUCUAGUCCACUGAGGGCGGCAGAGCGUUGGCCGUUCCUCAUUCAAGCUGCGGCUGGGACACACAUACAAAUGAAGGCAGUGGCUAAUAUAAUUCAAUCGUGGGGGUGGCGCAGGGUGAAUGUAAUAUAUGAGGACACAGAUUCUACGGCCAAUGGAAUCAGUCCUUAUCUUUAUGGUGCUUUACAAGCAGUUGAUGUCGAAAUAAGUAAUCUUUUACCCCUCCCUUCUUUUGGUAAUUCCUCUUUGUUGCACGAAGAACUCGGAAAUCUGAAAAAAGAGCAAUGUAGAGUGUUUGUUGUGCAUACUUCUUUAGAACUUGCGACGCGUGUUUUCGGAGUGGCUAAGGAAAAGAAGAUGAUGGAGAAGGAAUAUGUAUGGAUUACCACUGAUUCCAUUACAAGUUCGGUGCAUUCCAUGAAUUUUUCCUUAAUUUCCUCUAUGCAAGGUGUGGUAGGCGUGAGGAACUCUUUUCUUGAGACUGGACCUCAUUUCAAUAGUUUUUCGACAAGAUUUUAUGGUAUCUUUGGCCGGAAGUACCCCGAGGAAAAGCAUCACGAGCCUGGAAUCUUUGCGCUGCAGGCUUAUGAUGCUGUGCGGAUAGUGGGAUUAGCAAUGAAUGAACCUACCAAAAGCAACGGUUGGCAACUUUUGGAAAGUAUUCUCAAAACAGAUUUCAACGGUUUAAGUGGGAAUAUCCGGUUUAAGGGGAAAAAAUUAGAGUCCGCAACUCGAUUUCAGAUAAUCAAUAUCAUUGGAAAGCAUUACAGAGAACUGGGAUUCUGGACUGAGAAUUUAGGAUUCUCCCAUACUAUAGAUCAUGGAGUGUACAAUUUAUCCAUGGAGAGUUUAGGAGAUGUUAUUUGGCCUGGACUCGGAGGGCGAUCUUCUGCUCCAAGAGGUUGGGAUCUUCCAACAAUUGAAAAUCCUUUGAAAAUUGGAGUUCCCAAUGGAUCCAUUACAAACAAAUUUGUGAAAGUUGAUUAUGAUUCUUCUACAGACAAGUACACUUUCUCGGGAUUUUCUCUUGAUGUGUUUGAUGAAACGGCAAGGCAUUUGAAGUACUCUCUACAAUAUAAAUUCGUUCCUUUUGGAGGAAACUACAAUGAUUUAGUAAUGAAAGUUCAAUCAAAGGAAUUUGAUGCAGCAGUUGGUGACAUCGCCAUAAUAUCAAAUCGAUCUAAAUAUGUAGAAUUCACGCACGCUCAUACUGAGACAGGACUAGUAAUGGUUGUGCCAAUUCUAUGGCAUUCGAGCAGAGCUUGGUUGUUUGUGAAGCCCUUCACAAAAGCCAUGUGGUUUCUCACAUUUUUCAUUAAUGUCUUCAAUGGAUUCGUCGUUUGGAGUAUUGAGCGAAAUUACUGCUCUGAACUAAGAGGACCAGUUCUGAACCAAAUAGGCACUCUACUUUGGUUGGCCUUUGCCACACUGUUCUCAAUAAAAGGUGAAAAAUUACAUAGCAAUUUGUCACGUAUGGCCACCGUGGUAUGGCUUUUCGUGUCUCUGAUCAUCACACAAAGCUAUACAGCCAGCCUUAGCAGCAUGCUCACAGUGCAAAAUCUUGAACCAAAAAUAACAAAUAUUGAGACAUUAAAGAGCAAUAACGCAUUGAUUGGCUACUCGAAUCUGUCUUUUGUUAGGGGAUAUUUGGAGGGUCCUUUAGGCUUUAAAUCAAGCAACAUUAGGAAUUUCACAUCGACAGACGAGUAUGCACUGGCUCUCAGAAGUGGUGCUAUUGCAGCAGCCUUUCUUGAAGUUCCUGUGGCUAAACUUUUCGUCGCCAAAUAUUGCAAGAGCUUCACCAUAGCUGGUCCUACUUCCCUAGUUGGAGGAUACGGAUUUGUAAUUUCUCUUUCCCUUAUGAAAGCAUUUCCAAAGGGAUCCCUUUUACUUCCUGACAUAGAUGAAGCAUUACUGAAUGUUCGGGAAAAUGGGGUGCUGAAAGAUUUGGAGCAGAGCUUAAUAGCAUCUGAGCAAUGUGUAGAUAUUAAAUCAGACAAUGAAACUGCAAGUCUUAGCCCUCAGAACUUUUUUGUGCUGUUUAUCAUCACAGGAGUCACAUCAUCAGCAUCACUUUUAAUCUAUUAUUUUCGGGCAAAAGACAGAUUUGAGAAUUCUUCGGCUCAAUAUAAAGGGAUUUGGAUUGCGACAACGAUGGUUUUGAAAAAGUUGGGAUAUCGUAGAAACAGACUUUCAAGAAAAAUGAGUGAUGUUGCUGACAGCGGCGAAUCCAGGAUCGAAGUCCAGUUAGGGCGGGUUGACCGUUGACGAUCGGACUAGGACUGGUUGACCUUCGUAAUUGUUGUUUUUUAAUAUUAUAGUUGCAGAAAAUUUUUAUGAGGAAAGAAAUGGCAAAAUUAUGUAAAUUUUGAUCAAAGAAAAAUUUGACUAUUUCAUGCACGCUUGACUACACUACAAAAUUGGGUCAUUCUAACCUUACAUCACUACCUUUACAACUCUAUAAACGACCAAUGGUUUGUAGAUGUCAAAAUUAUAGAACAAAAUCCUUGACUACAUUUAGCAAGUAUAAAUUUCCGUAUAAUUUGUGAAAACGCAUGAGAGAAGAAAGAGAAUUUAACUUAUUAAAAAUCAUUGCUGCUAAGUGCUAAAUCUCAUUGGUUUUGACAAUUGAUUAAAGGUACAGUAUGUGGGAACACAUGAUUGAAAAGCUCAAAACUCCAAUAAAUUGAGACAUUUACAAGUAGAACAACAUUCAACAAAAUUCAGUAACAAAAUUCAACAAAAUCAAAAUAGAACAAAACCAAUAAAAGAAC